AUGGUUCACCCAGUUUAUAGUUCAUAUCGUUAUGUUGGUUGUUAUACACAAGUGUUUUAUGAUAGUUAUUUUAUAAGUUCAUACAUGGAACCAAAAUUAUGUUUUAGUUUAUGUCAAACACCAAUUAUUUAUAUACAACAUAGAAUAUGUCGAUGUUCAGGUAGUGGUCUUAUGGAUUAUAAUCGACAAAGAGAUAAAUUUUGCAACAUACAAUGUCCAAAGCCAGGUAAUCGUCAAGAUAAAACUACUAAUACAUGUGGUGGUAUAAAAACGUAUUCAGUUUACGUUGAAGAACAAUUUUAUACUCGACAUGCUUAUUUGUUGAACUAUCAAAUUCAAUUUGCAUCAUGUGAAUUAUGGAAUAGUUCUAAUUAUUAUAAUACAUUUCAAGUUCAAAUUGAUGGAUCAUCUGUUAGAUCUUCAUUGAAUAAAUUAGAACGAUGUGCAGCUGCAUGUCUUGAUCAAAAUGCAACGACAAAAUCCAUAGAGUAUAAAUACGAAUUUGAACAAAGUGUUAUCUAUACCGAAAAAAAAGCAAUGAAAUCUGAUAAUUUAUUUUCAGCUUUUAAUGAUGAUAUCAAUCAAUGUUCAUGUAUAAUGCCGAACAAAUUAAAUGUUGAUUCUAAUGGUGCACUUAAUUUAAUAAUUUUAUCAAAUAAUAAUUGUGAUCGUUAUUGUAAUAACAUAGUGGGUGAUUCAAAACUUGAACAUAAAUUUAAAUGUGGUUCAUCAUCAGAUCGACGUAUUAGGGCCGUAUAUAGUUUAAAUGAUGCAUGUCCGAUUGAUUCAAUUUAUAUAAAAGAAUUAAAACGAUGUAUAUCUAUAGACAGACAAUUUAUAGAUUCAUGUUCACCACCAUCAAUGCAUUAUGUCUAUGAUGGAAAUAUAACAUGGAAUGUCUUUUUAAAAAUAAUUGAAAAAUUAAACUUAACUAAAUCCAUAGUUUCAAUUGCUUUUAAUAAUGAUGUUACUAUUGAUCCUUCAUGGACAUGCUCAAAAACAACAACAAAUAUCGAUACAAUAAAUUCAAAUCUUUCUAAUGCAAGUUAUUCUACCAGAAAUUUUAAUACAAAUUAUGUAUUAGAUAACGGUUGCUUACGUAUAGUUUCAUUUUUAUCUUAUUUAUAUAGAUCAUCAUAUAGAUUAUGCAUAGAAAAUCCAAUCAAUAGAAAUUUAUUAUCAUAUACCACUAGAUUUUAUCCAAUUUAUACAUCUGAUAUUGAUUAUUUCAUGAUAACAUCUUGUCCAACGAAUUGGUUUGAUUUAAACAAACAUUGUUAUCGAAUAUCGGAUGAAGCUAAAACCAUUCAAGAAGCAAGAAAUAGUUGUAUUAAUAUAUCAAAGGUUGAUGAAAUAAAAACAGAUAAAGAGAUUAUAUUUAGCGAUGACGAUAAUAAUGAUAAUAAAAAUGAAAUGCGUAACAAUAUCAAGAAUUAUAUCAAUGAUUUGUAUAAAGGUGAAAUCGCUCAAUAUACAUCACAAUGGCAAGCACAUCUUGGCUUUUAUCUUCUUGAUACAAAUCUAUCAAAUACUGAAACAAUACUUCAGCAACUUAAUCCAUUUACUACAGAUGUAUCAUCAGCAAUAUCCAAUGGUAAUAUUAAUCGUUCAUCUAUAAAUGAAUUUCAAAUGAUUAAUCUCAUGGAAACUAAUAAAACAACUGUAAUAGAUGAUUCAUGUAUAGUUGUCACACGUUCACCAAUCGACGGAAAUAAAAGUCCUAUGUUAAAAAAUAUUCAUAUUAGUAAUUGUUCGAAACCAAGACAUGUUCUAUGUAAAACGAAAUCUAUUUUUCUUCAAUCUGAACAACGUUGUUUAUCUAAACCAUUGACAUUUGGUUUACCAGCAAUAAUAUCAAAUCAAUUAACACAUGAAUUAUGUUUAUCCAUGUGUAAAACAUUACAAACGACAUUAGCUAUUCUUUAUAUAAAUAAAUGUUAUUGUCUCAAUAGUGAUCUUUCAUGGAUGUUGUUUACGAAACCUCAUUAUGAAAACUACCAAAAGAAAGAUUGUGGAAAUCCAUGCCCAGGUAAUCGACAUGAACAUUGUGGUAAUGAAAAUACAAUUGUUGUCAUUGAAAAUCCUAGUUAUAUAUUCUCGUCCAAAGAUGAAGAUAUUGAUAAAAUGACUACAUUCACUUCUGAUUUCGCUUAUGAUACUUGUAUUCAUUUGAAUUCUGUGAAUCAAUCAACAACAUAUGAAUUCAAUUUAACUGAUGAAAAUGAUAUUCAUCCUCGUCAUUGUUUAGAAUUAUGUACAAAUUAUAAACAAAAAUAUGCUCUUCUCAAUUCAAACAAAUGUUUAUGUACAAAUAUUCUAACGAAAAAGAAACAAGAUGAUCCGUUUUCAUCUUCAAAUUUCAAUUGUACUCAAGAAUGUUCAGCUAAUUAUUUUUAUACAUGUGGAAAUCCAACCAAUUCAUCGAUAUAUUCAGUGUAC